AAUGUAAAAAAUACUUAUGAUGAUGAACAUACAAAAAAUUUUGUAGAUAAACUUAAAGAAAAUUGCGAAAACAAACAAACCCCAUCUGUCGAUUCUGUUAAUAAUGUAGACAAAUAUCUUGAUAAAGGUAAUUAUUGCAAAAAAUUCACUUUUGAUAGAACAUUAUCUAAUGGUAAAAAUUAUGCUUUUGAAGAAGCACCAAAACAAUAUAAAGAAAAUUGUGAUUGUGCAAAAAAUUUUGAAGAAGUGGAUCAAUGUCCUGUGGAUGAACAUGAAUGUAAUAAAUAUGUUAAAUAUCCUUGUAGAAAAAAUCAUUUUAAUAGAAAUCGUAUAGAAUGGAAUAAUUAUUUUGUAAAAAAUAAUUCAAAUAUAAAUAAAGCUGUGAUGGUUCCUCCUAGGAGAAAACAUAUAUGUUUUUCAAGUAUUUCAACAUAUAGUGGUCGAAUAAAGAACAAAACAGAUUUUAAGGAAUUUAUUCUUUAUGCUGCAUACAAUGAAGCAAAACGUUUAUGGAAUAUAUAUAAUAAUAAUCAAACCAAAGCCCUUGAAGCAAUGAAAUAUAGUUUUGCUGAUAUAGGUAAUAUAGUUAAAGGUAAUGAUAUGUUAAAUGACGGAAUAUCCGAUAAAAUAAAAGAUAUUUUUGAUAAAAAAAUUAAC